AAGCAACCCCAGCUGUAGGCCUGCCCUGUGAAGAAGUGGCGGGGAGUUCUCACACGCCCCAGUAGUUGGCCGCAGGCUGCCCCAUCCUACUUUUCCUACGUUCCUUCUUCUCCCCUUAUCUUUCUUCCACGGAGGAAACAAUAAUUGUCUCUGAAUCAUGCCUACCUGAAAGUCAAGCGUAUGUUGGAAACUUGGAUAACUGAAGCAGAAAUACUGAGAAAGUGCGAAAAACCAGACUUCAGGAUGGAACACCUGCCAGGGGCUGCGCGGACCAGACGUGAGGAGCGUGAAUGGGCAGAGCAGAGUCUCUAGAAGGCAAGAUGAGCGCCCAGGAUCCUGCAGAUCUGUGGAGCACGUCCGAUGGAGAAGCUGAGCUGCUGCAGGACUUGGGGUGGUACCACGGCAACCUCACACGCCACGCAGCCGAGGCCCUUCUCCUCUCAAAUGGAUGUGACGGUAGCUACCUCCUGAGGGACAGCAAUGAGAGGACCGGGCUGUACUCGCUCUCUGUGAGAGCCAAAGACUCUGUCAAACACUUUCAUGUUGAAUAUACCGGAUUUUCAUUUAAAUUUGGCUUUAAUGAAUUCUCAUCUUUGAAGGAUUUUGUCAAGCAUUUUGCAAAUCAGCCUUUGAUUGGAAGCGAGACAGGCACUCUGAUUGUUCUGAAACAUCCCUAUCCAAGAAAAGUGGAAGAACCUUCCAUUUAUGAAUCGGUCCGGGUUCACACAGCAAUGCAGACAGGAAGAACGGAGAAUGAUCUGGUCCCCACUGCACCUUCGCUGGGCACCAAGGAAGGUUACCUCACCAAGCAGGGAGGCCUGGUCAAGACCUGGAAAACAAGGUGGUUCACUUUGCACAGGAAUGAACUGAAGUACUUCAAAGAUCAGAUGUCACCAGAACCCAUUCGGAUCCUAGACUUAACAGAAUGUUCAGCUGUACAGUUUGAUUACUCACAGGAAAGAGUAAACUGUUUUUGCUUAGUAUUUCCAUUCAGGACAUUUUACCUCUGUGCAAAGACAGGAGUAGAAGCUGAUGAGUGGAUCAAGAUAUUACGCUGGAAACUGUCUCAAAUAAGAAAACAGCUCGACCAAAGGGAAGGCACAAUCCGAUCUCAUUCAUUCAUCUUUAAGUAGACCUUUCCCUCGGGGAUGCCCUGGCCGGACAGCAGGGUGGCAUGCUCACCACGGCUGUGAUCCACAGCAGGCCUCCGCUGAAAGCUGACUACGGAUUUUUCUUUAAAAACAAAUCAAAAGCAGAUGCUGAUUUGGAUCUUUCUGAACACACCACAUUUGCUGACUCAUGGGAAGCUGCUGCCCUUCAAGAUGAUGUCAUCUCCUUCAGAAUACCGAGUCGCCGGUCGUUAUGAUGAAAACUGGUGCAGCUAGCUGCCACACCCAGUGUGCUCACUCUCAGAACGCACAACAGAAGAGAACGGGCUUGUGUUUUCCCUUAUCGUGGUCCAAGCUUGUGGACUUCGUUUGCCCUGAGUCCCACUCUGUGUCAUGGUCAGCUUAUCUGCCAUCCAGGUUGUGCUACUACCCAGGAAGGAAACAGCUGUCUCCUUUGAGGCUCAGGCUGCCUCUUUAGAAAGUAUAUUGAGAUAACAAACAACAAAGAUUGGGUUGGGCAGGGGGAAACAGGGUUAUUCUUCUCCCACCCCCCUUUUAUACAAAAA